UUUGACGGAAGACUCCUUUACAAUGUCAUUUCAAGCAGCGAUAUGGGAGUUUUGUGGAAGGGGGAUUCUGGGAUGAAGUUGGCCACUAUGGGGAAUUUUGUGUGUGCUCUCCUGACACUCCAUGUUCUUCUGUUUCACAUCAAUGUGGCUUUUGGAGCAGACAAAGUCCCCAUCCUGAACAUAGCGGUGAUUUUGGGGCGAACACGUUACAUCUCAGACCGAGACCUACGGGCUCUGUGGAGCAAGGAGGAUCCCAUCGACGUGAAUGUGGUGACACUGCUGGUGAAUGAAACCGACCCCAAAAGCAUCAUAACUCAUGUGUGCGAUCUCAUGUCUGGGACUAAAAUCCAUGGUCUGGUGUUUGGGGAUGGCACAGACCAGGAAGCCAUUGCCCAGAUUUUGGAUUUUAUUUCUUCCCAGACACUGAUACCUGUCAUGGGAAUCCAUGGAGGAUCAUCUAUGAUCAUGGCGGACAAGGAUGGGAAAUCCACUUUCUUCCAGUUUGGGGCCUCUAUACAGCAAGAGGCGCUGCUAAUGCUGAACAUCAUGGAAGAAUACGACUGGCACGUAUUCUCCAUUGUGACCAGCAAGUUCCCCGGAUACAAGGAUUUUAUCAGCAUCCUGAAGAGCACAGUGGAGAAUAGCUUUGUGGGCUGGGAGCUGCAAAGCACUGUCACUCUGGAUGCGGUGGAUGGCGACUUAAAAUCCCAGGUACAGCUAAAGAGGAUCCAAUCACCAGUCAUCCUGCUUUACUGCUCUAAAGAUGAGGCGGUGUACAUUCUGGAGGAAGCUCGCUCAUUGGGGCUCACUGGCUUUGGUUACAUCUGGAUUGUCCCUAGUCUGACCACUGGCAAUCCUGAGUUCACACCAGAACAGUUCCCCUCUGGGAUGAUUUCUGUGUCUUAUGAUGACUGGGACUACCCUCUGGAGAUGCGUGUGCGUGAUGGACUUGGGAUCAUUACCACUGCUGCUGUGUCUAUGCUGGAGGAGUAUGGGGACAUUCCGGAGGCCAAAACCAACUGCUACGGACAAACAGAGAAAACAAAGCUACCUCCCAGUGCUUUAAAGAAAUAUAUGAUGAAUGUGACCUGGGAUGGCAGGGAUUUGUCCUUCACAGAAGAUGGUUACCAAGCCAACCCGAAACUGGUGGUUAUAGUUCUCAACAAAGAAAGAGAGUGGGAAAAGAUGGGCAAGUGGGAGAACAGGACCCUGACGCUAAAGUAUCCUGUCUGGCCACGCUUCAAUGCUGUUGGUGAUGCCGAGGCUGAGGACAACCACCUUAGCAUUGUGACACUGGAGGAGGCGCCCUUCGUCAUCGUGGAGAAUGUGGAACGUCUGACUGGCACCUGCAUGAGGAACUCUGUGCCAUGCCGCAAGCACAUCAAAGACAACUCUACUACGGGGGGAACGUAUAUCAAAAAAUGCUGCAAAGGGUUCUGCAUUGACAUUCUGAAAAAGAUAGCAAAGAGUGUGAAAUUCACCUAUGACCUCUACCUGGUGACCAAUGGCAAGCAUGGCAAGAAAAUAAACAACGUAUGGAAUGGCAUGGUUGGAGAGGUGGUGUACAAGAAAGCUGUCAUGGCUGUAGGCUCACUGACAAUCAAUGAGGAGCGAUCGGAAGUGAUUGAUUUCUCUGUGCCUUUUGUGGAAACAGGUAUUAGCGUCAUGGUGUCGAGAAGCAACGGCACUGUGUCGCCAUCUGCAUUUUUGGAGCCCUUCAGUGCUUCCGUAUGGGUGAUGAUGUUCGUGAUGCUGCUCAUUGUGACUGCUAUAGCAGUCUUCAUGUUUGAGUAUAUCAGCCCACUUGGAUUUAACAGGAACCUUGCGCAAGGCAAAGAUCCUCAUGGACCGUCCUUCACCAUUGGAAAAGCGGUGUGGCUCCUCUGGGGACUGGUCUUCAACAACUCUGUGCCCGUUCAGAAUCCCAAAGGCACCACCAGUAAAUUCAUUGUGUCUGUGUGGGCCUUCUUUGCUGUAAUAUUUCUUGCAAGUUACACUGCCAACCUGGCAGCCUUCAUGAUCCAGGAAGAAUUCGUUGACCAGGUCACUGGGCUGAGUGACAAAAAGUUCCAGAGCCCAAACUCCUAUUCACCUCCAUUUCGCUUUGGAACUGUUCCUAAUGGAAGUACGGAGAGGAACAUCAGAAAGAACUAUCCAGAUAUGCAUCAAUACAUGGUAAAAUAUCACCAGAGUGGGGUACAAGAUGCACUAAUAAGCCUUAAAACUGGAAAACUAGAUGCUUUCAUAUAUGAUGCUGCUGUGCUGAACUACAUGGCUGGUAGAGAUGAGGGGUGCAAGUUGGUGACCAUCGGAAGUGGCUACAUUUUUGCCACCACUGGCUAUGGGAUUGCCCUUCAGAAAGGCUCAUACUGGAAGAGGCAGGUCGACCUGGCCAUCCUGGGCAUCAUCGGAGAUGGUGAGAUGGAGGAACUUGAAGCCCAGUGGCUGACUGGCAUCUGUCACAAUGAGAAGAAUGAGGUGAUGAGCAGUCAGCUAGAUGUAGAUAACAUGGCAGGCGUCUUCUACAUGCUAGCCACGGCCAUGAUCCUCAGCUUCAUUGUCUUUAUCUGGGAGCACUUGUUUUACUGGAAGCUGCGAUACUGUUUUACUGGAAUAUGCAGUGGAAAGCCAGGAGUAUUAUUUACGAUCAGCAGGGGAAUAUGGAGCUGCAUUCAUGGCGUUCAUAUUGAAAUUAAGAAGAAGCCUGAAUUAGACUUCAGUCCUCAAGCGAAUAUGUUAAACAUUAUUAAGUCAGCCAAACAGAUGACCAACAUGACGAACCUUAGUGUGUCAAGAAUCAAUUCUCCAAAGCGCCCAGGUGAUUUCAAGCAUCCCGUUGGUCCAAUGCUAACAUCAGAGAAAGGGAAUUUUGUCUACACUGACAACCGUAGCUAUGUCCCAAAGGAGGCCAUCUAUGGUGAGACUACUGACAUGCAGGGCUACCUCACUAACCGACACAAGGACCACCUGAACAACUAUGUUUUCCCAGGCCAGCACCCUCUGACCCUCAACGAGGCCAACCCCAACAAGGUGGAAGUGGCUCUCAGUGCUGAUGCUACACAGGCUAACUCUAAACCACGUGCUCUUUGGAAAAAGUCAGUGGAAACUCUGCGACAGAGUCAGGGGUCUGUCCAGGGGCCCUCACCUCCAGACCCCCGUCUGACAAUGAAAAGCCAGAGGUACCUACCUGAGGAUGGUGCCCACUCUGACAUCUCCGACUGCUCAAGCAGAGCCAUGUCCUACAAGGAUCUUGACAACAACCAAAAACACCAGAAACCUAAAGAUAACUUAAAAAAAAAAUCCAUGACGUUGAAAUUCCCUAAGGAAUGCAGCAAUAUGGAGUUGUCCUACUUUAAGGGCAAGCAGGUAGGACAAGCACGUGAAAAAAUAUACACCAUAGACUCAGACCAUGAACUAAGUUUGCGCUCAGACCCUCUGCAUUACAGGGGAAGCAGAGGCAUGCCAGAGGAUUUGGACUGCCCUGAUAUUUAUUCAGACCACAAUGACAAUUACAGGAAGCUGGAUUUGCCGGUCAUACACCUGAAUAGCAGCCCCCUCCAUCACAUCAACUCCAACGUUAUUCCCAACAAUGAAAACAAAUUUAACAUGUAUACCAAGCACUACACCCUGAAAGAAAAGAACGUCAGCUCGCAUGAGACAAACGAUCGUUAUAAACAGACUCACUGUCGGAGCUGCCUGUCUAAAGUACCAAAUUAUUCUGGCCUGUAUACUGUCAGGUCUCCUUAUAAUCGCUGUGAGGCAUGUUUGCACAUUGGCAACCUGUAUGACAUAAGUGAGGAUCAGAUGAUGCAGGAUGCUACAAGCCCUCCUCUGCAGCAGGAAAAAAUGUUUGGCCCAUAUUGGCCAUCAGCUGAAGGACCCCAGGCAGAGACGGGCUGUAAAUUGGGCCUCACCAGACAACAUUCCUAUGACAAUAUACUGGAAAGGCCUAAAGAGCUUGAUGGGGAAAGGCCGGCACGUAGUGUCAGUCUGAAGGAUAAGGAAAGGAUUCUGGAGGAUACCCCGUAUGCGAACGUCAAACCAGACAAUGCAUUUGGCAACAAACCACUGGUCUUCAACACUAAUCUGGGACAAAGCAAACGUAGUAAGUCCCUUUACCCCAGUCAUCCUUCAGACAACCCCUUUGUGCACUCCUUUCGAGAUGACCAUCGUCUGGUGCAUGGAAGCAGCUACUCAGAUAUUUACAGACAAUUGGCACCAAUUAAGUCAAGGAAUGACAACAAUCUUGUGUCUUCGCUGAGGUCCACCACGUCUUACUGCUCCAGGGAUGGUCGAUUACCCAAUGAUAAGUACUUUUCAGAGCAUGCAAUGCCUUAUGUAGCUAACAAAACUAUUUCAUACACAACGCCGCGCGUUCUGAAUUCCUGCAGCAAUAGACGAGUGUAUAAGAAAAUGCCUAGUAUUGAAUCAGAUGUAUAA